GGGUCUGUUAUAUCUCUGAACCGUGAGUACCUCUCUCACAGAAAGCCACCACAGCAAGCAGAGGCAGCCAAAACAAAAACACCCAAGACAAACGAGGGAAGAGGAAGAAAACAAAAGCUGACCCUUAUGGAAGAUAUAAAGGAUUCUAAGGUGAAGAGAUUUUGCUCCAAAAAUCUUCUGCUCAUCCUUGGUUUCUCCUCUGUGUCGGCUGUGAUAGCUUUGAUUGCGGUGGGACUGACCCAGAACAAACCAUUGCCAGAAAAUGUUAAGUAUGGGAUUGUGCUGGAUGCGGGGUCGUCUCACACCAACCUGUACAUCUACAAGUGGCCGGCCGAGAAGGAGAAUGACACAGGGGUGGUGCAGCAGUUAGAGGAGUGCCAAGUGAAGGGUCCUGGAAUCUCAAAAUAUGCUCAGAAAACAGACGAAAUAGGCGCAUACCUGGCCGAAUGCAUGGAAAUGUCCACUGAACUGAUCCCAGCGUCCAAGCAACCGCAGACACCCGUUUACCUGGGAGCCACGGCAGGCAUGCGCCUGCUUAGAAUGGAAAGUGAACAGUCUGCAGACAAGGUCCUGGACGCAGUGUCGAGGAGCCUUAAGAGCUACCCCUUCGACUUCCAGGGGGCCAAGAUCAUCACUGGACAGGAGGAGGGGGCCUACGGAUGGAUCACCAUCAACUAUCUGCUGGGCAGAUUCAUUCAGGAACAGAAUUGGCUAAGCUUCAUCUCAGACAGCCAGAAACAGGAAACCUUUGGCGCUUUGGACCUUGGUGGGGCCUCUACGCAGAUCACCUUUGUACCCCUAAACAGCACUAUCGAGGCCCCAGACAACUCUCUGCAAUUUCGUCUCUACGGCGAGGACUACACUGUGUACACACACAGCUUCCUGUGCUAUGGGAAGGAUCAGGCACUCUGGCAGAAGCUGGCCAGCGACAUUCAGGUUUCAGGUGCCAGCAUUGUUAAGGACCCAUGCUUCAACCCGGGGUACACGAAGACUGUGAAUGUAAGCGAACUCUAUGGCACUCCUUGCACCAAAAGAUUUGAAAAGAAGCUACCGUUUGACCGGUUUCAAAUCCAGGGCACCGGAGACUAUGAACAGUGCCACCAGAGCAUCCUGAAGCUCUUCGACAGCGGCCACUGUCCUUACUCCCAGUGUGCCUUCAACGGUGUCUUCUUGCCCCCUCUCCAUGGGAGUUUUGGGGCCUUUUCUGCUUUCUACUUUGUGAUGGAUUUUUUUAAGAAGAUUGCAAACGACAGUGUCUCCUCUCAAGAGAAAAUGACUGAGAUAACAAAAAAUUUUUGCUCAAAACCUUGGGAGGAGGUAAAGACAUCUUAUCCUACAAUAAAGGAGAAGUACCUGAGUGAAUACUGCUUCUCGGGAGCCUACAUCCUUUCUCUCCUUCUGCAAGGCUAUAAUUUCACAGGCAAUUCCUGGGACCAGAUUCAUUUUAUGGGCAAGAUCAAAGACAGCAACGCAGGGUGGACUUUGGGCUACAUGCUUAACCUGACCAACAUGAUCCCAGCUGAGCAGCCAGUGUCCCCGCCGCUCCCUCACUCCACCUACAUCAGCCUCAUGGUUCUCUUCUCCCUGGUCUUGGUCGCUGUGGCCAUCACAGGCCUGUUCAUCUAUAGCAAGCCUUCAUAUUUCUGGAAAGAGGCGGUAUAGCAGGAGCAGCUGGAAUUUGCUGGCUGGAGAGAGAAAACAGCCUGCCCAGGAGCGGGUUCCUCCCUGCGGGGGGAGGCCUGAGUCACCCUUCCCUGCUUACCCUGGACAGUCUAGACCAGCAUGAAGCCUCUGAGGCUACCUGAGGCCUUUCCUUGGGGACACUCAACACCCUCUUCCGCAAGAACUUCCUGGUGAUACUCUCUUGUCUUUUCCAGUUACCUUCCUCCUUUGUCCUUUGAGCUUGGGAUCACAACUUUCAUGAUCUAUGCUUCAUAAAAGAACAAUAUCGACUUUGUCUCAAAGAACUAAGAGUCCCGAGUGCCACACUGUCUAAGCUGAGCUGGCUGAAAGAUGGAAUUCGGGAACUGUCUCAGCCAGAGCUUUGGGACACCCCAUCCCCAUGUCUCCUAAUAAAGCCAUGCAGUGCCUUUGGAGAGUGGAGACAAAACCUAUUCCAAGCCUGCCCUCUGGAUAGGAGAAUUUUCUAAAACAGAUGAAUAUGUGCUAAAACCAAAGAGUCUUUGCAGAGGAGCUCACCUGCUCCUAUGGCUGAGGUGACUCACCAUCGACUGAAGAUAGGAAUGGAAACAAGCACAGUGUAUGUCCCUGUGUGAUGCCAAGAUACUACCAAGUAGAACACAAAGGCCAGAGGGUUUUGAAAAGCAGAUGCACACAUAAGCAUUCAGGGGACAGCAUGUGAUAGUAGUAUACACAUCUAGGAAGAAAGCUACAGUUACCACCCAGGACUGGGAAAAUAUAACCUCUAAUGCAUCUUUUAGAGUCUUGUGUUUUUUUAAUGUUCAAAUUUAUGUAACAUAAAAUUUUCCACAUUUACAUCUAGCCCAGUACCCCUGAAUGGAAUUUAAUACAUUUGCAAUGUUAUACAACUGAUUUGGCAGUCAGUUAUAUGUGUAUGUGUGGGUCUGUGCACACGAGUACAGGGAACAUGGUGGCCAGAAGAGGGUGUUUAAGCAACCAGGGGUGAGCUUUCCAGUGUGGGUGCUGGUAAUCAACCUGGGGCCCUCUGCUCUCAACCUCUGAGUUAGGCAGUUAAGUUAACCUCUCCAGCCUCUACCACUGUUGUAUAAUAUUCUGUAACCAAGAAGUUGGCAGGGGACAAGACCAUACGUUGGUUUUUUUCCCAACCACAAACCUUUCCACUGAUGGCCAAACAGACUCUGCAACACAGAGAUAGCUCACUGGGUUUGAAAGCCAUACCACAUCUUAUUGUCCCAAGACUUUGUUUAGUGAAGGGGUGCAGGAUUUUUGCCCUGCCAAGGUAUUUAUACAUCAGGUGUCACUGCUGGUCCUCAUGUGUUAUGCAAACACAUGCCUUAUUUCCUUAUUUCAUGGAGUGCUUUGUGGGUAAUGAAUAAGGGUCUGCGGACUUUUAUUAUGGAAAUGUAAAGAGAUCUUGUGUCUUUCCUAUGAAUAUUGCCGAAAGAAGUAACUGUUUGGCAGAAGUGAGCACCAUUGUAUUCUCUCCUUAACUCAAGCUGUCUAUCCAUCUCUGGUCUGGGGACUGACUACUUAGAAAGGAAAAUCUCCUACAAGCUAAAAGCCAAGUAUCCCGACUCUCUUGGGUAGUUCAUCCAUUUUUUUCCUUUUGAUGCGUCUCUUCCGCUAGUCACAGUUGGACAUGCUGGCUGUGUGUGCAUGCGCAUUGUGUCUUCUGUUCUCACAGCAGUCUGAAGAAGGCGGUUCUUUACCGCUCCGGUGCCCAUGGUAGAGUUGCGCUCAAACUCACAUCUGCCUUGAGUCUUUUUCUUUCCUUUCCCUUUUCUUUGUCUUUUGUUUUUGAUUUUUGUCUUCAUUGUUUUUUUUUCAA